AUGUCUUCGAGCGCGCCCGCCGACCGCGACGAACAGAUUGCGCAGCUCGCAGGCCUGACCGGAGCCGAGCGGUACCUCGACGCCGCCAACGGAGACGUCCAAGUCGCCGUCGAGCUUUUCUUCGAGCAAUCCGCAGAGGCAGGCCAGACAUCCGACACGGACAUGGCAGGCGACGACCAGAACACAAGGCCCGCCUCGGACCCGCCCCAGCAGCCCGUCCCGGGUGGCGGCCGCACGCUCGGAGGCGCAUAUGUUCCGCCGACCGAGGGUUCGUCCUCGUCGUCUUCGCGACAGCAGUCGGCCUCGCGACAGGCGCCACAGCAGCGGGGUGUGGCGGGGCUGCGGACGCUCAAGGACCUGCAGUCGUCGGGUGGCGGCGGACACGGACACGGACACGCUCACGACGACGACGAUUCGGACAACGACUCCAAGGACGACGACACGCAGGACUUCUUCGCUGGAGGAGAGAAGUCUGGACUCGCUGUGCAGAACCCCAACCAAGCAAACCCGCGGGACCACAUCAACAACAUCCUGAAGCGGGCGCGGCAGAACGCUCCCCGACCAGGCGGCGACGAUGAGCGACCGACUUCGCGCUUCACAGGUGGCGGCAACACGCUCGGCGGCGACGACGCGCCCUCGCGGCACAUACCCGACCCCAACGCCAGCCAGGCUGGCCCUCAGCCGCGCGCUCACCGCGAGCUCCACCUCUGGCGCGACGGCUUCUCGGUCGACGACGGGCCUCUCUUCCGCUACGACGACCCGGCGAAUGCACGCACGCUGGAGAUGAUCAACACUGGCCACGCGCCGCUCCACAUCCUGAACGUCGAGCAUGGACAGGAGGUCGACGUCGAGGUGCACGCACACAAGGACGAGGACUACAAGCAGCCGAAGAAGAAGUACGUUCCCUUUGGUGGCUCUGGCCAGCGACUCGGCAGCCCAACACCGGGCGCAAGCACUUCGGCGGCCCCUGCUGUCGCUUCCGCAAGCACAACAACUGCUACCCCGCCAUCGGCAGAUGCUGCGCAACCUGCCGUCGACGUCGACAGCUCAGCGCCUACCGUCACACUGCAGAUUCGCCUCGGUGACGGCACACGCAUGCAGUCGCGCUUCAACACUACGCAUACUGUCGGUCAUGUCUACGCAUUCGUGGACCGUGCCAGUACCGAUGGCCGUGCCUAUGCGCUCAUGACCACAUUCCCUUCGAAGGAGUUGACGGACAAGGCUCAGGUGUUGGGGGACAUGGCCGAGUUCAAGCGAGGAGGUGUGGUCGUGCAGAAGUGGAAGUAG